UAUAUUAAUUGAACUUAAAGUACAUCAAAAUGAAACUUAAAAAUUUAAGAGUAAAUCCCCUAGGUCGGGUUAAAAGGGGAAACAAAGAAGAAGAAGAACAACAAAAUACUUCGAAUGAGAAAACAUCAGAGGUUAUUUUGCCAUCUAACUCUAACUUUAAUCACAUAAAAUGCAAAGCUGUGCGGCAUUUAAAAUGUCACAAAUUAAUGAAAGAAAAGGCAAAGGCUAAAAAGCAAGCCAGGAAACAAAGAAUUCAAGAAGGUGGUCCAAAGCAAGUUCCACACACCAUUGAGAGCUUAAGAGAAAAAGAUGAAACUAUGAUUACUGGUGACCUUGAUGAUGAGGAAAAUCAAGAGCUUAAAGUUGAUUUGGAACAUGAUGAAUUUGCACCUUAUUUUAAACAUGCCUAUGAACCUAAAGUUUUAAUUACCUACUCUGACAAUCCAACAAAGAAGAGUAGGAUUUUUGGUGUAGAAUUAUCAAGAAUGAUACCAAAUUCUAUUUCUCUAUACAGAAAUCGUUCUGGAGUAAAGAAAAUGGUGAAGAGUGCCAUUGAUAAAAAUUUCACUGACAUCAUUGUUAUCAAUGAAGAUCAGUGCAAACCUAAUGGUAUGUUAGUUAUUCAUUUACCUGAUGGACCAACAGCAUAUUUUAAACUUAGUAAUGUUAAACUAACACCAGAAAUGAAACGUAGUCAUAAAGAAAUUAGUAGGCAUAGACCAGAAGUUAUUCUAAACAAUUUCACUACUCGAUUGGGUUUCACAAUUGGUAGAAUGUUAGGAGCACUAUUUCAUUAUGAACCUGAAUUUAGAGGCAGAAGAGUUGUAACAUUUCAUAAUCAAAGAGAUUACAUAUUCUUCAGACAUCAUAGGUACCAAUUUGACUUUAAAAGGGGCAAACCUAGGUUGAGGGAGUUAGGACCCAGAUUUACUCUGAAACUGAAAUACUUGCAACAUGGAACAUUUGAUACUAAAUAUGGACAAUACGAAUGGCUUAUACAAGGAAAAAGGCAUGAUAUGGAAACUAGUAGAAGAAAGUUCUUCUUAUAA